GUGGUGUUAACUAACAUGUUCGAUCCACCAAUCACGAAAGAGUUCAUUGAAAGGAGACCCUGCGACUGUGCCGUCUUUGUGUUGACAUCUUUGGAGGACUGAGAGUGUUUGAAUGGAUAUUACCAGGUGCACGGACAAAUGGGUAAAACAAGACAAGGAGAGGCCUCCAACAUCCUCCAUAAUGCUGUCUAGCAAAAAGUCAGACGCUGGCUCCUCUUCCUCCUCCUCAUCGUCUACUGCAGGAGCAGCAGGAGGUGAUAGAGUCCCUGUUUCUGAUGCCCAGACUGGUCCGUCAGCCUCAGCUGCAGGCACUAUGGAUGCAAAGAAGAAGGAGAGGUCGUCCCCUAGUGGGGAACCUGGAGGAGCCCCUUUGCCCCACCAAGCAGGCUCUGGGGGGGCAGACCAAGAUUCAGCUGAAGUUCGCAGGACAAGUCGUCGCAAGCGAGCAAAACAGGUGGAGUACCGCGAGAUGGACGAGAGCCUGGCCAAUCUGUCGGAAGACGAAUAUUACUCUGAGGAGGAGAGGAAUGCCAAGGCUGAGAAAGAGAGGAAGCAGGUCAUCCCUCCUCCGGCUCCACCGGUAGAGGAGGAGAAUGACAGUGAACCAGAGGAACCAUCUGUGCUGUUAUUAGGUGUGGAAGGAGCUGCCUUCCAGAGCCGUCUUCCGCAUGAUCGUAUGACAUCUCAGGAGGCUGCCUGCUUCCCUGACAUCAUCAGCGGUCCCCAGCAGACUCAGAAAGUCUUCCUCUACAUCCGCAACCGCACACUCCAACUGUGGCUGGACAACCCUAAGAUCCAAUUGACCUUUGAGGCUACAGCACAGCAGCUUGAAGCUCCAUACAACAGCGAUGCUGUGCUGGUCCACAGGAUACACAGCUACUUAGAAAGGCAUGGACUCAUUAACUUUGGCAUUUACAAGAGGGUCAAGCCUUUACCCACUAAGAAGACCGGAAAGGUUAUAGUCAUUGGUGGAGGUGUGUCUGGCCUAGCUGCAGCCAGGCAGCUGCAGAGCUUCGGGAUGGAUGUUACAGUAUUGGAGGCCAGGGACCGUGUUGGAGGCAGAGUGGCCACAUUUAGGAAGGGCAACUAUGUUGCUGAUCUGGGAGCCAUGGUGGUGACAGGGCUGGGAGGGAAUCCCAUGGCAGUGAUCAGUAAGCAGGUUAAUAUGGAGCUGGCCAAGAUCAAACAGAAGUGUCCACUGUAUGAAGCCAAUGGCCAGGCUGGUGAACGGUGCACAAGUGUGCCAAAGGAAAAAGAUGAGAUGGUGGAGCAAGAGUUCAACAGAUUGCUGGAGGCCACCUCCUACCUCAGCCACCAGCUGGACUUCAACUUCCUCAACAACAAACCUGUUUCUCUGGGACAGGCCCUGGAAGUGGUCAUACAGCUGCAGGAGAAGCAUGUAAAAGAUGAGCAGAUAGAACACUGGAAGAAGAUCGUAAAGACUCAGGAAGAUCUCAGGGAUCUUCUCAACAAGAUGGUGACCACUAAGGAACGGGUUAAGGAGCUCCAUCAGCAGUAUAAAGAGGCCAGUGAAGUCAAACCACCCAGAGAUAUCACAGCUGAGUUCCUGGUGAAGAGCAAGCACCGCGACCUCACCGCGCUCUGCAAAGAAUAUGAUGAGUUGGUAGAGAUGCAGGUCAAGCUGGAGGAGAAGCUGCAGGAGUUGGAGGCCAAUCCACCCAGUGAUGUUUACCUGUCAUCCAGGGAUCGGCAGAUCCUAGACUGGCACUUUGCCAACUUGGAAUUUGCCAACGCCACGCCCCUCUCCACCCUUUCUCUCAAGCACUGGGAUCAGGAUGAUGACUUUGAGUUCACUGGCAGCCACCUGACAGUAAGGAAUGGUUACUCUUGUGUUCCUGUGGCCCUGGCUGAAGGCUUGGACAUCAAACUAAACACAGCAGUGCGGCAGGUUCGAUACACAGCCUCUGGUUGUGAGGUGAUAGCAGUCAACACUCGCUCCACAACCCAGACCUUCAUAUACAAGUGUGAUGCUGUGCUGUGCACCCUGCCUCUUGGUGUGUUGAAGCAGCAGCCCCCUGCUGUGCAGUUUGUUCCCCCGCUGCCUGAGUGGAAGACAUCUGCUAUACAGAGAAUGGGCUUUGGCAACCUCAACAAGGUGGUGUUGUGUUUUGACCGCGUAUUCUGGGAUCCCAGCGUCAACCUGUUUGGUCAUGUUGGCUCCACCACAGCAAGUCGAGGCGAACUCUUCCUCUUCUGGAACCUCUACAAAGCCCCGAUCCUACUUGCUCUGAUGGCUGGUGAGGCCGCUGGCAUCAUGGAGAACAUCAGCGAUGACGUGAUUGUCGGACGCUGCCUGGCCAUUCUCAAAGGAAUAUUUGGAAGCAGCGCCGUACCGCAGCCAAAGGAAACUGUGGUCACUCGUUGGCGUGCAGACCCCUGGGCGCGGGGCUCCUACUCGUACGUCGCAGCAGGUUCUUCGGGUAACGACUAUGACCUUAUGGCACAACCCAUCACACCUGGCCCUGCUAUACCGGGAGCCUCACAACCGGUCCCUCGUCUCUUCUUCUCUGGGGAGCACACUAUCAGAAAUUACCCUGCUACAGUCCAUGGCGCCCUGCUCAGCGGGCUCCGUGAGGCUGGACGCAUUGCAGAUCAGUUCCUGGGUGCCAUGUACACGCUUCCCCGACAGGCCACUCCCACAGCCGCCAGCAACCCUCAGCAGGCUCAGCCCACCCCCAGUGUCUGAAAUUGCCUCUCCCAGUUCCUGCCAACUCCAGACUGUCAGACAAACUACUGCAUUUUUGAGAAAAAUACAUGUAGUAAUGACUUGAGGAUUUAUUUUCUGGCUUUAGGUAUGAUGUGAGAUUCCAUAACUGGAGCAUUUCAGUUCCUCAGACUUUUAUUUUGGGAUGUUCGUGACUGUACACAUUUCCAGCAAAAUGUGGAGACAGAUGUAACCCACUACAGAGACUGUGCUAUGCUAAAGAAUGAGGAAUCAAUCCCAAUUUUAUUACAUAGUAAUGUAAUAAGUCAUCUAAGACUUUAUAAAUAUGUGACUUCCCAGUCUUAAAAACAGAAGCAUGGCAUUAUGUUUGGUACUCAGAGCGAUUCAGUGUAUUUGAUUCCAUGCGAAGCAUGUUUGCAAAAUCCAGUGUCUAUUUAUGUGCCCCCGUCUAAAUACUAAAUGUACACACAACCUAAAACCAGACAUCGUAUAUCUGUUUAUCUCUUUCCCCCUGGUGUCGUUCCAGAGGGCUUGUCUUGGUGGUCUUAAGGCUUAAAAACGUUGCUAUGGACUGUAGCUGUAUGCCUCCUAAAUGUACUUUCUAUUAUUGAGGUUGCAGAGUGUAGUGAAAAUAGUUCGUAUUAAAAGCUGAAAAGACAGAUGUUGAACGAAUUGUGAAUGUUUUUGUUUCCAUUGCAAGUAUUUUAUUAUGGUUGUCAUCACAUACUUUUUUUAUAUUGUUGAUUUGUUUUGUUAUUAAAAGAAGAAAGAGAUUA